CUUCGUUAAGCAGCGGCAAGCCGAGUGUCACCCACAAACAUACGCGUCAUUCAAUACAUCCCAUGUGUAACAUAUGACUCGAGCGGGGCGCUUCUGAUGUGGACGAGCAGCAAAUGUUGUAAUCGUGUCUGGUACUGAAGAGGAUGGGAGCAGUGAGAGGUCACUGGAGGAGAUGUCAUUCGGUCGACUCUUGCGACGCGCAUCCUCCAAAGCCUCUGACCUUUUGACGUUUAACGUGGGCUCAGGGGGAUCGCGGACCGUGCUGGAUGGAGAAAUCAUCUUCUCCAAGAACAAUGUGUGUGUGCACCCAUCCGAAACUCUGCCUGGACUGCCUGAGCAUCACCCAGGUUACCUGUGUGUGCACCUGGAGAAAGACGAGACCCUCGGCUCCACCCUCAUCCUCACCUGGGUACCCAACUCCCGUAUCCAACGGCAGGACGAAGAGGCGCUCCGUUACAUCACCCCCGAAAGCUCGCCCGUCCGCCGCAACCCCCGCCGCCGUGCCCACCGGCGUCACUCACGCCCGCCACCCGCUCCCGAAGAAGACGAGGAGGAAGAUGGAGCAGAGCCCCCCUUACCCAACCAGCAGCUUUCAGAGGAGGGCGACGAAGGAUCUUGCGAACUGUCUGCAGACGAGGUGAGUCGAGACAGCACCUUGGGCUCAGACUCGGACACCUUCUCCUCGCCAUUCUGCCUGUCACCCGUCAGCGAGGCUCUGGGCGAGAGCAGCAGCUCUGUCUUCUUGGAUAAUGAGAGCAGAGAAUGCGAUGAACCCAUGGCUCACUCAGCAAGCUCCGCCUCAAGUUUGGAUAGCCACGCCCACUACGAGAGCAGCCAGUCACAGGGCGUCCGGUGGGAGGAGCAGCAGAAAGUCAUGGCUUUGGAGCACCUGUGUGGGGUUUUCAGAGUGGACUUAGGUCACAUGAGGUCACUGCGUCUGUUCUUCAGCGAUGAGGCCUGCACCUGCGGACAGCUAGUUAUCGCCAGCAGAGAAAGCCAGUACAAGAUUCUUCACUUCCAUCACGCCGGGCUGGACAAACUGGCCGAGGUGUUUCAGCAGUGGAAAUGCUGUCGAGAGACCCAGCUCAAAGACCAGGUGUCAGAUGAGAAAUCCUGCAUGCAGUUUUCUAUCCGCAGACCCGCCUUACCCUCCUCUGAGAUGCAUCCUGAGGAGCGUCUUUAUCGCCGUCUGGACGUCAGCUCCUGGCUCCGGCAUCUCAACAACAGCGGCCAGGUGCUGGAGGAGUACAAGCUCCGCAAGGCAAUUUUCUUCGGAGGCAUUGACCCAUCCAUACGUGGUGAGGUGUGGCCCUUCCUGCUGCAUUACUACAGCUAUGACUCCACCUCUGAGGAGCGUGAAGCCUGGAGACUUCAGAAGCGUGUGGAGUACCAGGAGAUCCAGCAGAGAAGGUUGUCCAUGAGUCCCGAGGAACACAGUGAGUUCUGGAGGAAGGUUCAGUUUACUGUUGAUAAGGAUGUUGUCAGAACUGAUAGAAGCAACAUGUUCUUCAGGGGCGAGAACAAUCCCAAUGUCGAAAUCAUGAGACGAAUCCUGUUGAACUACGCCGUGUUGAAUCCGGACAUGGGAUACUGUCAGGGCAUGUCAGAUCUGGUGGCCCCUCUGUUGACAGAGAUCCAGGACGAGAGCGACACGUUCUGGUGCUUUGUAGGUCUCAUGGAGAACACAAUCUUCAUCAGUUCUCCCAGAGAUGAAGAUAUGGAGAGACAGCUGAUGUAUCUGAGAGAGCUGUUACGGCUGAUGCUGCCACGGUUUCACCUUCAUCUAACCCGGCUGGGUGAGGACGGGCUUCAGUUGCUGUUCUGUCACCGCUGGAUUCUUCUCUGUUUCAAGCGCGAGUUUCCUGAGGCAGAAGCACUGCGCAUGUGGGAGGCCUGCUGGGCUCACUACCAGACGGACUAUUUCCAUUUGUUCCUGUGUGUUGCCAUCAUUGUGCUGUACGGCGACGACGUUACGGAACAGCAACUCGCCACAGAUCAGAUGUUGCUGCACUUUAGUAACCUCUCCAUGCACAUGAAUGGAGAACUGGUGCUGAGAAAGGCACGUAGUUUGCUCUAUCAGUUCCGCCUCCUUCCCAGAGUUCCCUGCAGCUUACACGAUCUGUGUAAACUGUGCGGGCCCGGAAUGUGGGACAGCCGCUACAUCCCUGCCGUUGAAUGUUCCGGAGAGCAUCCCGACUCUCAGAGCUGCCCCUAUGGAGGCACAGCCACACCCGACAGCCCACCCUUACCCAGUCCCAACGAGGGCAAAAGAAGCUCCAAAACUCGUGACAUUUUCACGUUCCGCAAGCACUCUUGACUCGAGCGGGAGUCGCUGGAACUUCAGGUCUUUAUUCACCUCAUCAGAGAUUCAGACAUCGGUGUGAAAAACUGCCUUCACCAUAAAAUCCUUCGGGAAGCGAUGUUGACGUCCUCCUAUGGAAUGUCUUUGUAGGCUUGUUAGGUGGAGCAGAUUGGAUUAUGUCAUUUCAUCAAUAAUGCACAGGUACAAUAAUAACAGACAAUCUUCAUCCAUCUUUCAUGAGACCACAUCGUGCGGACUGACAUUGAGGAAUAUUUUUGUUUGUUAUUUUUUGGUUUGUUAAUAUCUACUGUGUAUGCAUGUGUGUAAUGCCUGUGUGUGGUAUGUUACCACAGUUGUAAGGAAGCCAUUGCUGGACAUUUUUGGUUAAUUUGUGCAAUCUUAAAUCACGAAUACGAAGCUGUUCAGUCGAUGGCCAACGGUAAGGUGCAGAACACUGUUAUCAGGAGGUCUGUGACAUCACAGCGUUAUGGUUUUGUUAUCAUACCAUAUAUGCCUUUCAUAUCCUCACAAUAAAUAUUAUUAUAUAUGCGCUGGAGACGAUUUUCUUUUUAUCAUGAACCAGCCGCUUUGAGAGCAAGUCAGAGAAAAAUCACAAAUUUGAGUACUUAAAACACGUUUUUGGUCUUAUUGUUGAUUCUCAGUUAUUCUGAAGCUUAAGAGACAAAUAAUGAUGUGGUUUAGGCUGCUGUUGUAGGUUAUAGUUCAAUUUUCUCAAGUCUUUCCAAGAGUUAAUGCGGCUUAAUGUACUAAAGGUCACGACAAUAAUGGCAAAUAGUGAGAUGACAAUAGAUACGCUGAGAUGCAAAACUUGACCUUUCUAGUAUACAAUGCUCACAUUUUACAAUUCAGUCAAUUCCCAAUGGAUACAAUGCUUUCCUUUUUUCUUUUUGAAUCAGUUUUGCUAUAAAAUGCAUAAGGAAAGAAAAAUAGCUUCAAUACAGCAAGCGCAUUAAUUAUGAGGCUUGUGAAUUAUUUUAAAUUGGGUUUUGUUUGGAAUUGGAGGAAACGAAAUAAAAGUAUAAAUGUUUUUACAAUAA